AUGUGGUACGAGAUCUUGCCUAGCUUGGGCCUCAUGUACGUGUGCCUGGUCAUCCCUGGCGUGAGCACCGCCUACAUCCACAGGUACACCAACGGGGGCAAGGAGAAGAGAAUUGCUCGGAACACCUAUCAGUGGUACCUGCUGGAGAGAGACAGGCGUGUGUCUGGAGUAAAUUGCCACUAUGACUCCAAGGGUUUGGAGAACAUUAAGUGA